UUGAUUCUUCCCGCUCAUAAACUAAACAGCUCAUCAUUUUUCCUCAUUUUUUCCUCAAAAAAAAGUUUAGUUGAUGAUUUCUGAAGCACGAGGAAACUAUGGGAGAUGAUCUUGAUCUUGGGAAAUUAUCCUUGGAGGAUAAACUUACGCAUAAGGUUUGGAAAGCUCGUGUUAAUGGCUACGAAGAAUUGACAAAGAUAUAUAAACAAGCUACCAGUGAGACAAGCAGUGAAUUCUCAAAGUAUYUGGGUAAUUUCAAAAAAAUAGUMAUCGAUAACAACGCCGUUGCACARGAUAAAGGCCUUGARKCAGUUCUUGCAUUCCUUGAAAAUGCUUCACCAACGAUUAGUGGAAAGGUUGCUGGUGAUGUUAUUAGUGGAUGUGUGUUAAAAUGUUUUAAUGCAAGACCCAAGACUAAGGAAAAGGGAAUAGAAAUAGUAAUGAUGUAUGUUGAAGUAGAGAAGCAAGACAUUGUACAGGAGGAAUUGCUAAAAGGCUUAGAGAAUAAACAGCCCAAAAUUGUUGCAGCUUSUACAAUGGUUCUAAGACAAAUUAUAAGUUGCUUCGGAGGAAAGAUAUUUUUAUUGAAACCUAUAGUUAAAUGUUUACCUAAGCUGCUAGACCAUAGUGACAAGACCGUUAGAGAAGAGGCCAAACAGUUAUGUAUAGAAAUCUUCAAAUGGAUUAAGGAUGCUCUUAGAGCACAGCUACAAAACAUCAAACCUGUACAGUUAAAAGAGUUAGAGGAUGAGUGGGCAGCUUUACCACCAAAUCCACCAGCACCAACAAGACUUACCAGAACACAGCAAAAGAAACUAGAAGAACAGCAAGCACAGGGGAUUGUACCUGAAGCUGCUGAAGAAUGUGAUGGUGGUGACAAUGAAGGAGGAGGAGGAGCAGCAGCAGCCAUUGAGAUUGAUCCAUAUGAGAUGAUGGACGCUGUAGAGAUCCUCACUAAACUACCAAAAGACUUUUAUGAAAAUCUGGAGGCCAAAAAGUGGCAGUUGAGAAAAGAAGCACUGGAGGCUUUGGAAAAAUUGGUUUCCAACCCUAAACUAGAAGGAGGCCAGUAUGGAGAACUGAUGUCCGCAUUGAAAAAGAUUAUCAGUAAGGAUGUCAAUAUAAUGGUAGUGACAGUUGCUGCAAAGUGUGUUGGCCACUUAGCCACAGGAUUAAGAAAGAAGUUUGCAACAUAUGCAYCGAUGAUUGCUUCAGCAAUUCUUGAAAAGUUUAAGGAGAAGAAAGCUACAGUUGUCGCAGCACUAAGAGAUGCUAUUGACGCUGUUGUUGGAUCAACAACACUAGUGGCACUUCAGGAGGACAUCUUAGCAACACUUGACAGCAAGAACCCAAAUGUCAAAGAAGAAACCAUCAAGUUUUUGACUAGAAGCUUCUGCAAAAGUGUUCCUGCAGCUGUACCCAAAGCAUUUCUGAAACCAGUUUGUGCUCUGCUUGUGCAGGUCAAAGAGUGUUGUGAAAAAGCRGAGAUAAAAGGUGUUCCAGCUGCUAAAGGUGGAGCAGGCUCAACAACAAGUAAACCAGUAGCAAGACCAGCUGCAGCUGCACCCCCCAGCAAACAAGCAGAUAAGAAACCAAGUGGACCUAAAGCAUCUGGAAAAUCAGGAGGGGCUAAAUCUAGUGGAGCCAAACAAGGAGGACCUCCAAAGUCCAAGAAGAAAGCUGGUGGCGGUGGUGGCAAAAAAGAAGUAUCCACUGCAUUGGCUGAAGCUAAAGAGCCUGAAAUGACGGAUGAACAAGUAGAUGAGAAAGCUACUGAAAUCCUACCAGCAGAUGUCCUAAGCCAGCUAAAUGAUGCCAACUGGAAGGAGAGGUUUGCUGGUAUGGAGAAACUUACACAGAUUGUAGAGGACAUGGAUGCUAAGACUAUGGAGUGCCAAGUGUUGAUAAGAGUUUUAGGCAAGAAACCAGGUUUCAAAGACAGUAAUUUCCAGAAACCUCACAUACAGUUUAUCAAGGACUCCCUUGCUAAUACCAAUCCAGCUGUAAGGACCUCUGCUAUUACUCUAUUGGGAAUACUCCAUAUGUAUGUUGGGGCCAGCAUCAGAAUGUUCUUUGAAGACGAAAAGCCUGCUCUUUUACAACAGAUUGAUGCUGAACUUGAAAAGGUGAAGGGUGAAAAAGCACCAGCACCAACAAGAGGACUCAAGGCUUCUGAUGGUGGAGAUGAUGAGGCUGGUGGCGAUGAUGAAGAUGGUGGGGAAGGAGACGGAGAGCCUGCAGCAGUCAACAUUGCUGAUCUUGUWCCAAGAACUGAUAUAAGUGGCGAAAUCACAUCAGAACUCAUUGAAAUGCUUGGAGAUAAGAACUGGAAGGUCAGAGCUGAAGGGUUGCAGAAGGUUGAGAGCAUCAUUUCUGGCGCUAAGUUCAUUACAGGGGAACUUGGCGAGCUUCCUGGAGCUUUGAAAGCAAGACUUGGRGACUCAAAUAAAAAUCUUUGGAGAUGUACGGAAAAAGGCACAGGCUGUAGUACCAUGUAUGAUGGCGCAUUUAGGAUUUGACACUAUGAACAAACAAGCCAAUAAACUUAAGCCCGCUUCAAAGCCCACUGUCCAAGCCUUACUGGAGAAACUACGAGGCACUGUACCCGAACCUACUAAAGGCUCUAAGUCUAAAAAGACUGCACCUAAAAGUGAACCAGUUCCAGACAGUAGCGGAGGAGGAGGAGGUGGGAGUGGAGGAGGUGCUACCAAAAGACCCAAGACUGCUGGAUCAAGCAAACCAGCUGCUAAAACAACUAAGAAGAAAGCCGCACAGGCAGCAGACGAGGAGUCCGGCCCUGCUUUGAUACGUAAUCUUGGUAAAGACAAUAGAAUAAGGGAUGAGAAAGAACUCAAGACCAUGAAAUGGAACUUCACAACACCAAGAGAAGAAUAUAUCGAACAACUAAAGGAGCAAAUGAGACCUUGUUUCUCUAAGUCAAUCAUGACAAGUCUGUUUCAUCCUCAUGACUUCAAACACCAAGUGAACGCUAUGAACACGCUACAACAGGGCGUGACACCAGUUGAUGAUGAAGAUCCACCGCUCAAAGAGGAAGCCAUUCAGUCAUUGGACCUUCUACUCAAAUAUGUGACUCUAAGGUUCUUUGAUACCAAUACUACGGUACUGGUUAAGUGCCUGGAAUUCCUGGACGCUUUGUUUACCAUGCUAGCUGAGUCAGGUUAUCAAAUGGUGGAGCAUGAAGCAUCGAGCUUUAUUCCUUACCUUGUUCAAAAGAGUGUUUAGAAGAAUUAGGCUGUCUUAUCCAAGUGUAUGGUAUGAAUGUAUGUCAACCCACCCCCCCUAAGGCUAUAGCAAACAUAGCAACACACAUUGGUGAYCGUGACAAUGGUGUUCGUAACGCUGCACUCAACACAGUUGUAGAGGCUUACUUCCUUAUUGGAGAGACUGUCCAUAAAUACGUUGGAAGGUUAAAUGACAAGGAUCAGGGCUAUCUUGAAGAACGAAUCAAGCGAUCGUCUAAGAAUAGACCAGCUACCACUGCAGGCAGUGAAGARCCUAAACCAGUUAUAAAAGCCCGAGGGUCUAGCGAUAACGAUAAGAAACAARCCAAACCUCCACCAAGGCCAGCCACCGCCCCUGUGGUUACGAAGAAAGARAGCAUCACUCGUGARUUYCAGAUYGACUACGACGUCAUAGAAACAGACCACGAUCAUGACUUUGCUCUWCCCAGCCUUGUWUCACAUGACGAGUCGUCGGUAGAUGAAUUAAUAAGUAAACCUAUWCAAAGACCAACCACAAAAACACCGACAUCAACCCACCUUGGAGUAUUCAGCAGGACCUCGGCUCCAGCAGCCUUGAAUUACGUCAUAUCACAAAUYGCCAGCAGUGAUAUUCAAGCCAGUACCCAGGCUACUGUGCAGCUCGAGGUCGUGAUCAGGAAUAAGACUGGGGGCGAGAUAGUGAAACACGUUGAUCAGUUUCUCAACGCUGCKUCACUUCAGCUCAACAUCAUCUUAACAACACACCUUAGCAACGACGACCAAUCAGAACAGACCGUCACAAGACUCAUCAACUGCCUUAUGAACGCCAUGCUGACACUCUUCUCUAACGAACCGCUGGCCAAAGUAGUGUCACGUGAUACCCUAAAGCAUCUCGCUCAGGCGCUCAUUACAUCGGUGUUAGAUGAGAGAAUAGCCAAGCUACAAGAUGGUCCUCAGAUUAUACGGACUAUUAAUGUACUUGUGGUGAAAAUGAUCCAGAAAACCGAUGCAACUGUCUGUUUAGGGGCAAUGAUAAGACUUCUUCAAGAGAGUGUUAAAAUGCUACAAGGACAUGCAGGAAGCUCACUAAGCUCUCCGAAAUUCAUGGAACUGACUAUGAAGGCAUUAUGGAAGAUGGUCCGCUCUCUUCCUCAAAUCAUCGAUGAUGUCAAAGUCGACCAAGUUCUAUUAGACAUCCAUAAAUUCUUAAUAGCCCACCCUCCACAAGUAUGGAAAGACCGUGCGGACGACACCCCCCUGAGAACGAUACGUACUAUACUUCACUCUCUUGCCAAACUAAAAGGCAUCGAUAUAUUGGCCUGUACCAAUCUCAUCGAAGAUUCUGAUAAAAGCGAAGUGACAGCUUACUUACAUAGAGUACUUAAGACUGGCUAUAGACCGUCUACCAGCUCACAGAUUAAUGGUAGUGCAGACGAUUCAACGCGAAAACCGUCUGCUAAACCUGAUUUACUACAAGGUGUCGAGAACUCYAGCCAGCCGCCCGUGGCCAAGCUUAACUCAAAACUAGCUGAGAUAUUUAGUAAAAUAGCAUCAAAGGAAAAUACACGAGAGGGCCUUGUUCAACUAUACGAGUUCAAGCUAUCAUAUCCACAAGCYGACAUCGAUCCUUUCCUCAAGAAGACCUCGCCGUAUUUCCAAAACUAUAUUUGUAGAGGACUGAAAAAUAUAGAAAUGGAGCGAAAAAAUAAGAAAGUUGGAAAUAAUACGAAUUCRUCCUCGUGUAUYCCGACAGSUCCUGCAACACAGACCUCAGAAGAGCCAUCGUCGUACUUGGAUCGUCUUCGAGUGCUGAGGAUGAGAUCUGGUCUUGGUGACAAUAACGCCAUUAAUAUUGAACAUACUACAACGCCGCCUAAACCUGACCCUGAACCUUCAUCAGACUCAUCCGCGAACCUUCUAGACAUUAAAAAACGACUUGACAAAAUCAAGAAUGCUGCCCGACAAUAAUUGCUUUACAACAGGGAUCCCAUAGCAGGCAUAUUACCGCUGGAUAAAACUGACAAAUUAGGCGGCCAAAGUACCAUUUGAGAUCAAGAACGUAGUCCGCCAAUAAUUGUAUCACCAUAGAAAUACCAUGGAAGGCAUAUUUCUGCUGGACGAAACUGACAUGUGCAGCGGAAAAUAUAUCAUUAGACAUUAAGAGCGCAGCCUGACAAAAAUUGUAUUAGCAUAGGGAUACUAAUUAAUCGAUAUAUACCGCUGGCCAGAAUGCUCGCAUAUGCCGAUAACUCAUUAGAGAACUUAUGUUAACUUCCAUAACGUGGUUUUGCUCUUAUCAAUCAGAAUAGUCAACUUUAGAUAUUUUGGUUCGAUGACUAUGUACAAAAGAACGCACACGAGGCUCCGGGGAAACAAUGGAUAAUCUUGAUUUAUUCUUUUAUUUCCCCGGAGCCUCGUCUGCAAUUCUUUUGUGCAUGGUCACUGAACCAAAAUAUCUAAAGUCGACUAUUGCGAUAUCCUUCCGAAACUCAUUAUAUAAAACCGAACAAACUCCGAACAUUACUUCGCAGCUCGCUCGGUUUUGAUAAAGGAGUCUACAAAACCAGUUCGGAUUUGAUCGACAUCUUCAAGAAGACAAAAUGUUGGUUUAACUUUGCAAUAGUGCUUGUGUGUUGGUUUUGGCCCUUUUGGUAGGGAAGGUAGACGUUUUCUUUGUAUAUAAAUGUGUUAGGUUGCGAUGUURAAUUGAUUUGUACAUAUUGCAUUGAUGUGUGGUAUGGAAAUUAAACAAACUAAAUUGACAAUC